CUUUGAGCGGUGCGUGCGGUGUGCGGCGAGAGCGGCUGGAAGGGAGGCAGGGCAGCGGCAGGAGGCAGGAGCUUUGGCGGCGAGCUGUGGCGGCAGAGAAUGGCGGUGAGGCGGCGGCAGAGGCUCGGGCCGGGCGGCGGGCGAGCGCUGCUGGGCGCGGUGCUGCUGUGCGUGUGGUGGCGGGCGGCGGCCGAGCGGCUCCGCUACGCCAUCCCCGAGGAGCUGGGCAGAGGCUCGCUCGUGGGGCCGCUGGCGCGGGACCUGGGGCUCAGCGCGGACGAGCUGCCGGCGCGCAAGCUGCAGGUGGCGUCUGCCGGCAAGAAGCAGCUGAACUACUUCAGUGUGAAUGAGGAGAACGGGAACCUGUACGUGAACGAGAGGCUGGACCGGGAGGAGAUGUGCGGCGAUUCGGCGACCUGUUCUGUCAGCUUCGAGGUGCUGGUGCACAACCCACUGAACAUUUUCCACGUUGAAGUGGAGAUCCAGGACGUGAAUGAUAAUGUGCCGCGCUUUCUGCGAGACAAAUUUCAGCUGGAGAUCAACGAGUUGACUUCUCCCGGCGCCCGGUUUUAUUUGGGCGUGGCAGAGGAUCCGGACGUGGGCAGUAACUCGCUGCAGGGGUAUGAGCUGGAGGCCAACGGGUACUUCGCUGUGGAGGUAAGGGAGAGCCAAGACGGCAGCAAAUCUGCGGAGCUGGUCUUGCGCCACUCAUUGGAUCGGGAGAGCGAGCCGAGCCUGCAGCUGAUGCUGACUGCGGUGGAUGGCGGAGACCCGCCCCGAACUGGCACCGCCCAGCUGUGGAUCAACGUCACCGACGCCAAUGACAACCCACCCGUGUUCGCGCAGGACCGGUUCCGCGUCAGCCUGCGAGAGGACGCUGUCCCGGGAUCGACGGUGCUGAACGUCUCUGCCUCCGAUGCCGACGCCGGCACCAACGCCCACAUCACCUACGGCUUCGGGAAAAUGCCGGGCAAGGUGCUUCAGAAGUUCACGGUGGAUGCUCAGAGAGGGACGAUAACACUGCAGGAGGCACUGGACUUCGAAGACACGCGGUCGUUCAGCCUGGCUGUGGAGGCGACAGAUGGCGGUGGUUCGGUUGCGCACUGCAAGGUGGAGGUGGAGGUGCUGGACGUGAAUGACAAUCCGCCCGAGAUAACAGUUUUAUCACUCUCGAGUCCGGUGCCCGAGGACGCGCCGGUAGGCACCGUGGUGGCUCUGCUUAACGUGGACGACCCAGACUCCGGCGAGAACGGUCAGGUGUCGUGCGAGCUGUCAGGCGAGGCGCCGCUGUCGAUCGUGGCGUCGCCGGGCGGCUCGUACAAGGUGGUGACGGCGAGCGCGCUGGACCGCGAGCAGGCGUCCGAACACCGCGUGACGGUGGUGGCCCGGGACCGGGGCAGGCCGGCGCUGUGGAGCAGCACGGAGCUGGUGCUGGAGGUGUCGGACGUGAACGACAACGCGCCGGUGUUCGAGGAGGCGGCGUACAGCGCGUACGUGGCGGAGAACAACGCGGCGGGCGCGCUGGUGGUGCGCGUGCAGGCGCGGGACGCGGACGCGGGCGCCAACGGGCGCGUGAGCUACUGGCUGGCGGGCGGCAGCGCGGGCGCGGCGGGCGCGGCGCCGCUGGUGUCGGUGGAGGCGCGGAGCGGCGCGCUGUACGCGCAGCGCUCCUUGGACUACGAGCAGUGCCGCGAGUUCUGGGUGGCGGUGCGGGCGCAGGACGGCGGCGCGCCGGCGCGCAGCUCCACGGCCACGGUGCGCGUCUUCGUGCUGGACCGCAACGACAACGCGCCGCGGGUGCUGUGGCCGGCGGCGGGCGCGGGAGAGGCC